AUGUUGCAGUUGCUCCUCGGCGUUAUCAUUUUGCUGCCCUGCUUCCAGGCCUUCCUGAUUCCUUUAGAUAAAUCCCAUAAGAACAACUCAGACGAGGACAACUGUAAGGGUUAUCUUGACAGGUUUUUCCCAGGCCUUAAGAAAGCACUCAAUACUACACUGCAAGAACGAAUCAAGGAAAUGCAGAAAUUCUUCCAUUUGACCGUAACUGGGAAGAUAGAUGCUGCAACUAAAAAGUUAAUGGAGCUGCCUCGAUGUGGAAUGCCGGAUGUGUCAGAAUUACGAACAACCUCACAAGUAUGGGAGAAGAAAGCGCUGACUUACAGGAUUAAAAAUUAUACUCCAGACCUGGCUAAAUCCACAGUGGAUCGAAUCAUUAAAAAUGCAUGGAGUGUAUGGAGUAACGUGACCCCGUUGACAUUCAAGAGAGUUUAUAGACCUGCCGAUAUUGAAAUUUUGUUUGCAAGUGGAGCCCAUGGUGACGGUAAUGCUUUUGAUGGAAGAGGAGGAGUUUUGGCUCAUGCUUUUUUUCCUGGCAGUGGCUUAGGAGGAGAUGCCCACUUUGACGAGAGUGAGAAAUGGUCAGAAACCAACAAAGAAAUCAGCCUCUUUCUUGUUGCUGCACAUGAAUUUGGUCAUUCCUUGGGGCUGGAACAUUCAAAUGUCGAAGGUGCCUUGAUGUUCCCUACCUAUUCGUAUGUGGACCCAAAGACCUUCCGUCUACCUCAAGAUGAUAAGGAAAGGAUUCAGGGCUUAUAUGGAAAGAAAUAA